CAAGGCAGAACAGGAGCAAGCAAUACCGUUCCGAGAGCGAGAGCAUUGCGUUUUUGUUCGACUUGCGGCCGCUGUUUCCUGAAACGAGAAAAAUCUGUGCACAAAAAUGGCUCUUCAUGUACCGAAAGCACCCGGUUUUGCGUCGAUGCUCAAGGAAGGAGCUCGGGCAUAUUCCGGUCUCGAGGAAGCGGUCUACCGUAACAUCAACGCCUGCAAGGAGUUCGCCAACUCGGUCCGCUCGGCUUACGGGCCGAACGGCAUGAACAAGAUGAUCAUCAACCAUAUCGAGAAACAGUUCGUCACAUCCGAUGCCGGUACGAUUAUGCGCGAGCUGGAUGUGGAACACCCGGCGGCAAAGCUGAUGAUCGAGGCGAGCCAGAUGCAGGAGGCGGAAGCGGGCGACGGCACAAACUUCGUGGUCGUGUUCUGCGGCGCCCUGCUGGAGGAGGCGGAAGAGCUGCUGCGGCUGGGUGUUACCAGCAGUGACAUUACCGAGGGCUACGAGAAGGCGCUCCAGAAGACGCUGGACAUUCUGCCCACGCUUUCCUGCCACGAGAUCAAGGAUUACCGCAGCCUGGUGCCGGUGCGGAACGCAAUUCGUGCGACGGUCAUGUCAAAACAGCUCGGCAACGAGGACUUCUUGGCCGAUCUGAUCGCAAAGGCGUGCAUUUCGAUCAUGCCCGAGAAGACCACGUUCAACGUGGACAACAUCCGGGUGUGCAAGAUCCUGGGCAGCGGGCUGCAGAUGUCGGAGGUCAUCCCGGGCAUGGUGUUCAAGCGGUUCGUCGAGGGUGAGGUAACGUCGGCGACGAAGGCCAAGAUUGCGCUCUACUCCUGCCCGGUAGACAUCAUCCAGACGGAGACCAAGGGCACGGUGCUGAUCAAGUCGGCAGACGAGCUGAAAACGUUCAGCCAGGGCGAGGAGAACCUGCUGGAGGCCCAGAUCAAGGCGAUCGUCGAUACGGGCGCGACGGUGAUCGUGGCCGGAGCAAAGUUUGGCGAUAUGGCUCUGCACUACAUGAACAAGUACGGUCUGAUGGCGGUGCGGCUGAACUCCAAAUUCGAUCUGCGCCGGCUGAGCAAGGCCGUCGGUGGUACGGUGCUGCCCCGGCUGACGCCGCCGAGCACGGAAGAGCUGGGCUACUGCGACAACGUGUACUUGCACGAGCUAGGCGACACUUCGGUGACGAUCUUCAAAUCGGAGGGCACGGAAAGCCGCAUCGCGACGGUCGUCAUUCGUGGCUCCACCGACAACUACAUGGACGACAUCGAGCGUGUCAUCGAUGAUGGUGUUAACACGUUCAAGGGUUUGACGCGCGAUGGGCGCUUCCUGCCUGGUGCGGGUGCGGUGGAAAUCGAACUGGCCCAACAGCUGGCCGAGUACGCCGAUACGCUGCCCGGGUUGGAGCAGUACGCGGUGCGCAAGUUUGCUAAGGCGUUGGAGUACUUCCCCAAGGCGCUGGCCGAAAACAGUGGCGUAAACGCGACCGAGGUAGUCCACCAGCUGUACCUGGCACACAAGCAGGGCAAGAAGACGGAAGGCUUCGACAUCGAAUCGGAACAACCGGCCACGAUCGACGUCACGACGAAGAACAUCUUCGACCUGUACACGACAAAGUACUGGGGACUGAAGUAUGCCGUCGGUGCUGCCUGUACGAUCCUGAAGGUGGACGAAAUCAUCAUGGCGAAGCGGGCCGGUGGACCGAAACCGCGUGCGGGCGGUCCCGGAAGUGACGACGAAUCGUAAGCAGCCCUUUGGAGCUGGUAACACUUUCAUCUUGGCCCCGUUUUUCGUUGCAUCAGCAUUUUUCGUCUGCACUUUAAUUCUAAUUUUAUCUUCAUUGCUAACACUUAUGCUCGUUCACACAACAACACCUUGCAGGAUAUAAGAUUAAUAUUACACAUUAUGCUGCACUUCAAAUAUAAAACCGCACACACCACCUUUUCCAUCUCGAGCGGGUGGGACUAACUGGCAGUAGGUGCUGUGGUUUUUUUUCACUGGAUGUUUCCUUUGUGCUGCUCUCAGCUGCCAGCAAUUGUACUCACUGCGCACACCACCUUUAUGUUGAUAAUGAACAUGUGUGGCGGAAAAGGAAAUCAAAUAAAGCUUCUAACAUCCCCUCCAGAAGCUGGAAGGAUAAUCUAA